AUGGGAUCUCUUCAAAAACGACGAUUCCUUUUCUUUUUCUCGUUCAUUGUAGGGAUUCCCAAUAUUCCUGUCGAUGCCCGAUGGGUACAGAAUGGAGUGACUGUUGCUGGAGGCCAUGGAGCAGGCGAUACCACCAAUCAACUCUGGUAUCCUAAUGGUCUCUUCGUUUAUGAUGAUCAAACGAUGGUCAUCGCUGAGUGGGAGAAUCAUCGUAUCAGUCAAUGGAAGAUGGAUGAUACGAAUGGACAAGUAGUAGCUGGUGGCCAUGGCCCAGGAAAUCAAUUGGAUCAAUUGAAUUAUCCAACCGAUGUAUUGAUCGGCAAAGAGAAUGAUAGUCUCAUUAUUUGUGAUCUAGGGAAUCAACGCGUCGUACAAUGGUCUCGUUAUAGUGGCACAACUCAAGGAGAAAUCCUCAUCGACAACGUCAAUUGUUAUGGAUUGGCCAUGGAUGAUCAGAGAUAUCUCUACGUAUCUGACUACCCGAACGAUGAAGUAAGACGAUAUCAAAUAGGAGACAAGAAUGGAACUCUCGUGGCCGGUGGCCAUGGUAAUGGUGCUGAUCUCAAUCAACUCAAUAGUCCGGGCUACAUCUUUGUCGAUCGACAACAGACUGUCUACGUGUCAGACUACCGUAAUCAUCGUGUGAUGAAAUGGAAUAAAGGUGCAAAAGAAGGAAUUGUCAUCGCUGGGGGUCAAGGCCAAGGGGAUGCUCUGACACAAUUGUCGUAUCCUCAAGGACUGUUCGUCGAUACGUUGGGUACCAUCUGUGUGGCAGAUUCGGGAAAUAAUCGAGUGAUGCUUUGGCCUAAAGGAGCGAAACAGGGCACUGUCAUUGCGGGUGGAAAUGGUCAAGGAACGGGAGCAAACCAGUUGAACGGUCUCGAAGGUUUGUCCUUCGAUCGACAUGGCAAUCUCUAUGUCUCCGAUCUCCGGAAUAAUCGUGUUCAACGUUUUUCAAACAAAUAG